AGUCCGUGCCCCCGUGAUGCUUUGCGACGUGACGUAGCCAACCUGCGACAGCUCGGGCGGCAGUUUGUUUUGGUGGAUGAAUGAGAAACUCACUGAUGAUUUUUAUAAUUUCAGGGUGAAUUAACAUGAUUCACGAGCUGUUGCUGGCGUUGAGCGGGUACCCGGGGACGAUAUUCACAUGGAACAAACGCACAGGUUUGCAGGUGUCCCAAGACCUGCCCUUCCUUCACCCCAGUGAGACCAGUGUCCUCAACCGGCUCUCUAAACUGGGCUCAGAUUACAUUCGCUUUACAGAAUUCAUAGAACAACACACUGGCCAUGUGCAUCAACAAGAACAUCACACGAACCAGCCCAACCAGACUGGACUUCAUGGAAUUUAUUUGCGGGCUUUCUGCACCGGGCUGGACUCUGUGCUGCAGCCAUACAGACAGGCCCUGCUGGACCUGGAACAAGAGUUCCUUGGAGAUCCUCAUCUGACAAUAUCUCAUGUGAAUUACAAGCUUGAUCAGUUCCAGUUGCUGUUUCCUUCUGUGAUGGUGGUGGUGGAGACUAUAAAAUCACAGAAGAUCCAUGGCUGUCAGAUCCUGGAGACGGUGUACAAGCACAGUUGUGGAGGGCUUCCUCCUGUACGCAUGGCCUUAGAAAAGAUUCUUGCUGUGUGCCAUGGUGUGAUGUACAAGCAGCUAGCAGCUUGGAUGCUGCAUGGAUUGCUGCUGGACCAAAGCGAGGAGUUUUUCAUAAAGCAGGGGCCCAGUGCAGGAGGGGCUGCUGCCAACCAGGAGGAGGAGGAGGAGGACCUGGGGCUGGGAGGUUUGAGCGGCAAACAACUCAGAGAACUACAGGACCUGAGGCUGAUCGAGGAGGAGAACAUGCUGGCUCCGUCUCUGCAGCAGUUCUCCCUGCGAACUGAGAUGCUGCCGUCUUAUAUUCCCAUCAGAGUGGCUGAGAAGAUCCUCUUUGUGGGAGAAUCUGUCCAGAUGUUUGAAAACCACAACCACAGCCCAUCCAGAGCUGGCUCCAUACUGAAGCACCAAGAGGACUUGUUUGCUGCCGAGCUGCACAGACUCAAACAGCAACCGCUUUUCAGCCUGGUGGAUUUUGAAAAUUUGAUUGAUCACAUCAGGAGCACCGUGGCGGAGCAUCUCUGGACGUUGAUGGUGGAGGAGUCAGAUCUGCUGGAACAGCUUAAGAUUAUUAAGGACUUCUACUUGCUGGGUCGUGGCGAGCUCUACCAGGUCUUUAUUGACCUUGCGCAGCACAUGCUGAAGACGCCUCCAACAGCCGUCACUGAGCACGAUGUAAAUGUGGCCUUUCAGCAGGCAGCUCAUAAGGUGCUCCUGGACGACGACAACCUCCUGCCUCUGCUGCACCUCACUGUAGACUACCAGGGCAAAGACAGCAAAGAGGCGACGGGCCCCAGAGAUGGAGCCACUCCUCCACAAGACACCUCCCCUCGCGAGGUCCCUCCCACAGGUUGGGCUGCUCUCGGCCUCACCUACAAGGUUCAGUGGCCGCUGCACAUCCUCUUCACUCCUGCUGUCUUGGAGAAGUACAACGUUGUGUUCAGGUACCUGCUGAGUGUGCGGCGGGUGCAGUCGCAGCUGCAGCACUGCUGGGCUCUGCAGAUGCAGAGGAAACACCUCAAGUCCAGCCAGACAGAUGCCGUUAAGUGGAGACUACGCAACCACAUGGCGUUCUUGAUCGACAACCUGCAGUACUACUUGCAGGUGGAUGUGCUGGAGUCUCAGUUCUCUCAGCUGCUUCAGCUGAUCAACUCCACCAGAGACUUUGAGAGCAUCAGGCUGGCCCACGACCACUUCCUCAGUAACCUGCUCGCCCAGUCCUUCAUCCUCCUGAAGCCGGUAUUCCACUGUCUAAAUGAGAUCCUUGAGCUGUGUCAAAACUUCUGCUCACUGGUCAGUCAGACUGUGGCGUCAUUGGACGAGAGGGGAACUGCUCAGCUGGAUAUCCUCGUCAAGGGCUUUAGACGCCAGUCCUCCUUACUGUUUAAAAUCCUUUCGAGCGUGAGGAACCACCAGAUAAACUCUGAUCUGGCUCAGCUGUUACUGCGACUGGACUACAACAAAUACUACACACAGGCUGGAGGCACGCUGGGCAGUGUUUAAGAAGAGGAUUAGAAUUUGGACCUUCAAUGCUAAACUCCCACACUAAACAGAAGAAACUCACAUCCGUCCUGUUCUUCGCUUUUGCCUUAACCAAAUACGGUCCGUGUGGCUUGCAUGUUAAAAUGAUCUGUAAAGGAUUAGUUCAACCAAUUUAUACAAUCAUUUUCCUCCCUCACCUCUGGUGGGAUCUAGCCAUGCAGAUUUGGGUUUUCUUUGUGAUAAUCACAUCUCUGAAAAAUAACAUUUGUGGAAAAAAAAAAAAAAGCAAAUAUUUUUUUCCAGACACGAUGACCUCACUGUGAACAGAUUUCAGUGGGACUAUUUCUUGGGUAGAGACUAGUCCCCUCUUCAUUGAGGUCUGUGGAUUAUCCACAAUAACCUGAUGAAGUGAAGCUUCCUGUUUAUAAGCCUAGAUUGAUCGAGCGUUACAAACAGAACCAAUGUUUAAGCAACUUUUGAUCUAAAGUGAUCACAAUAAGUCGAGCUUGGUUUAAGAGCGGUGUACAUAUUCAACUAAAGGAAGAGCUCAACAUUUGUAAAAAUUCACUUAUUUGCUUUCUUAUUGAGAUGUAAAGAUCAAUAAUACUCAUUGGUCUGUUAGAUAUGAAGCUACAGAAAUCACAACUUUGUCAAAAGAACACAUUUUGGCUUGUGGCCUUCACCCGGGCCACAUCCAAGAGACUGUUGGCUUAGCUUAGCAUAGCAACUGUGGACAUAGUCAGGCUGGCUGUUUCCACUCUUUCUCCUAAGCUAAGCUCUCCGUCUCCUGGCUGUAGCUACAUAUCGUAGCGUAAGACCUGAGUGGUACCAAUCUUAUCUCCGCAAGAAAGCGAAUAAGUGUGCUUCCCAAAAUGGCUAAUAAUUAAGUACUCAAGUAGUCUCCUGUGAUAUAUUUCAAUAGUAACUUACAGUAGGUCAAAUCUCUUUUAACCUGCUUUAUAACAGAUCCCCUAAAACUAACCCUGGCAAACCUGCUUUAUAAAACAGACCUCAGGAGAUUGUUUCUGCAAAGACAAGCUGCUGUUGAAUUUUUAAAAUUAAUCUUUCAAUGCUGUGAACAUUACGAAUGCAUUGUAUUGGGCUGGAAGCAGAAAUUUUUUUUUUGUGGUUUGGCUAUAGUCAUUGACCCUGUAUAAACUGUAAAUAGUAAAAUCUUGUAUGUACCAUUGUCUGUAGACGAAAUAAACAUCCAUCGAUUAAAAUGAAA